UUGAAAUUCUAAAACCACCGUCUCCUCCAAAAUCUCUAAUGUAACAACUAUGCACACCCCGCUCCCUCUCUCCCCUCUCUCCCUCUCCCACCUCCUAAUCUCCCUCUCCUCCUCCCGCAACCUCCCGAAAGGCCAGCAGCUCCACGCCUUCCUCCUCAAAACCGCACCUCGGCGCCCAUGCACCGUCCGCGCUCCCUCCUCCUCGCCGCCCUCCCGUCUCCAACCAACCGUCAUCACGCCUCUACUCGCCGCUGGCCCGCCUCGCCCGUACCUGCUGCUGCCUCCUCAGCCUUCCUCGACACCCCUCCAGGCGCCCAUACCGCGCUGGUCGCUCCCUUGCAUGCUGCCUCAUUCGCCGGCAGACGAAGACCCCGGCUCAACUCCCUCGCUCCCUUCCGCGAGCGCUGGAUGCCUCGCCUGCUCUGCUCCGUCCUCCCCAACGAACGCACGACCCUCCCUCCCGCCAGCAAAUCCCUGCGAGCCGGCCGCUCGGCCGUCCCCCUCCCUCUGGCAGCAGUGCCAUUAUUGCGCACGAUCGCCUGUUCCAUCAAGAACGAGCUUCGCGGCUGCCGAUGUGUUGUGGCUUCUUCUCUGCGUCGACAUGUACGCGAAGUGGCGGGUUGAUCGGGGACGGCGCGGCAGGUGUUCGAUCGAGAUGCCGGAGCGAACGGUGGUCCUCGUGAGCGGGCUUAUCUGCGGUAGCGCGCAAGAUGGCGCUGGAGGGGGGAGGCGUCGGUGUUGUUCUAGGCGGCGAUGGAGGGCGGGCGUCGCGGGCCGUAUGACUUUACGUAUUCCUGCGUUUCUGAGGGUUUGCGCGGUCUCGACGCUGCUUGAGCUCGGGUCGCAGGUUCAUUGUCUCUGCGUGAAGAGUAGUUAUGAGGCGUCGCCGUUUGUGGGGAGCUCGUUGAUUUCGCUUUAUUCAAAGUGUGGGCUGGUUGAGUUUUCUUAUAAGGUGUUUGAUGAAAUGCCGGACAGGAACCUCGGUGCGUGGAAUGCGAUUUUAAUUGCUUCGGCGCAGCAUGGGCAUACGGAUGCGGCGUUCGAAAGGUUUGGAGAGAUGGAGCGGGUUUCGAACGUUCGACCCAAUUUCAUCACGUUUUUGUGUCUGCUGACUGCGUGUAGCCACGCGGGAUUAGUCAAAGAGGGAAAGAUGUAUUUUAAAAUGAUGUCCGAACAACACGGGAUUGAACCCGGGCAUCAGCACUACGCGACCAUAGUGGACCUCCUCAGCCGAGCAGGAAAGCUGAAAGAAGCAGUAGAAAUCAUCGAGACAAUGCCAAUUCCCCCAACUGAAUCCGUAUGGGGUGCCCUUUUAACGGGCUGCAGACUCCACAAUGACACCGACACUGCUGCAUUUGCUGCUGAGAAGCUCUUUGAGACCUGGCUUCGACGAGCUCUGGCGCAUCAUAUGCUUCUGACGAAUGCAUAUGCAGCCGCAGGAAAAUAUGCAGACGCUGCACGUGCACGGAAAGCAAUGCGUGACAAAGGGGUGAAGAAGGAGACUGGGUUAAGUUGGUUGGAAGCAACAGGGGGCAAAGUGUACACCUUUGUAUCGGGUGAUCGAUCUAAUUCAAGAAGUGAAGAGAUAUAUCGGAUUUUGGAGGAGGUUGGGGAGAAGAUGGAGAUGGCUGGGUAUGUUGCAGACACUAGCUUUGUGUUGAGGGAUGUGGAUAGGGAGGAGAAGAGGAGGUCUGUUUGGUAUCACAGUGAGAGGUUGGCAAUCGGGUUCGGGUUGUUGACUGUGCCUGAGGGGAGACCAAUUAGAGUAAUGAAGAAUCUGAGAGUUUGUGGCGAUUGUCAUACUGCUAUUAAGUUUGUCAGUAAGGUGACCGGAAGGGUGGUGAUUUUGAGAGAUAACAAUAGGUUUCAUAGGUUUGAAGAUGGGGUGUGUUCCUGUGGGGAUUAUUGGUGAUUUUGGAGUUUGAUUACAGGGCCUCAAUCACCUUCCGCAGGGGAAUCAGCCUCGCUCUGUGUCGAGGUAUCUCAUCAGAUGAUGUUUUAUCAUUUUGGAGUCAGAUUUGAUUGAUUGCUUAUUCUCCGAUUACUGACUGAAUUGUAUUGGUUCAAAACAUAACUUGUUGAAAUUACCACCACAGAAAGUUAAAGAUAUUGAAUAGAAUCCCAAAUUGAGCUCAUUAUUCACUUU